GGCUGCCUUAACUCGACGAAAGCCGCCAUUUUAGUUACAGAAAAGCAGAAUGAACUUGCGAUUCUACUAGAGUUACCGAUGAGAUCUCUGCUCUUCUAACUUUUUAUGGCCGAUAGAAACAAGUAUUUAACCUUUCUUUCCGUUCUUAUCCCUUGUUUUGGCCAUUGAUGCGAAUCUAACUAAUAGAAAACUUCGCCAUCAUUUGUAAACAUGUCCAAUAAAAGUCGUCAAGAUAAAACAAAAACUCCUGCUCAAACGUCCGCUCCACCACCUACCAGCAAUGAUAUUAUACCGGGAAGAUUUACAGAAGCUGACUGGUAUCAUAUGGUGGACCAGGAGGACGGGGAGGAAUUUGUUGUUGAUAUAGUGAACGAAAUUGUGGAAUCCACCAUGAAAGUCCUUCAUGAUCAGUAUAUCAUCAGUCAAACAUUGCCAUAUACUAUACAAGAGUCUAAAAAUUUACUUCUACAAAUCAUUGAGUGGCAAUUUCUUGCCUGUGAUGGGGGAGAGAACAACCCUGCUUGCGAUGCAACGUGGCUGGAGGAAGAUGAACCUGUAACGCCUUUAACUGAUUCAUGGGCUCAGGGGUCAGUGCCAAUCAUGUUACGGCCAUCUUCAGCAUCAUCAGUAUCAUCUAUCCAAUCAGAUCGAGAGUCUGAGCUUUCAUCUGUUGCUGAAGAAAGGCCAGGUGCCCCAGAACCACCAUUUGAAGCACUGGAUGUGCCAGAGACUCCCUUGUCAAUAAGUAGUCCAGCACAGCCUACACCAGCUACUGCAGAGAAGAGAAAGGAAAAUAAACCUCAAGAGCUUUCAAAGAAGCAGGUGCAAGGCAAGAAAAAAACAUAUUCACCAUUCAGACCACACAAAGGAAAACUGCCUUCAUUUUCUGGAGUAGAUCUUACUCCCUUAACUGAUGAGUACAGCUUAAGAACAGCGGAAAGAUUACAGGAGGUCACAAUAGGACACAGGGAUACCACUGGAUUAACUAUGCUGUCAUCUUCUACUUCUAUUCUGAAGUUUCCUUCAGAGAACAGUCGGUUGGAAGAAUGUUACUUCUGGUCAUCAACACCUUCUUCCUAUUCUCAAAGUUGGAGAACUACUAGUAACUACUCUAAAAGUCAGGCACAGUAUGGCCGGCCACCAGGCAUUAAAGAUGUGCUCUAUGAUGAGAGGGGAAAUGUAGUAGCCGUAAUGAAGAUUUCACCGGAUAAGCUUCCAUCGCACAGGGUUCGAACCAAAUUUUCGGUAGUGGACGAUGAUAAUGACAUGCAGGUAGUGCGUUCUCGGACAAGACCUAGGAAAUACGGCCAAAAUCCCCGCAAGAUGGAAGCAACGAAGGACUUAAAGGCUUCCAAAAAUGCAAGUCUCAAGCAAAAUAUCGAUGCAAGUUCGAUAAAUAAUGCAUCAUAUCAGACGGAAAAUGCUGGCUACAUAACACCCUUACCACCUCCGUUGGUGGACGCUAUGGACAUAUCUGCUGGUGUUCUCGUGAGGGAAGGGAACAUUAUUAGACGCGGGCCAAGACAGAUUCCACGUCGUGCGGAAAAGACUCCCUCCUCAGCUUGUCUGCAACCACUGGACAGCACCCGUACUGCGGGACGGGUCAUUGAUGACAUUCUUACCCGCUCGUCUCCCGUGAUCAGACCUCUUCAUGCGACGGAACCCAUUCCUCCGAUAACUUCCCAGCCUCCCACUUAUUCUUGAUGUCGUUAACAUUGUGUUCGAUUUCUUUGCGUGUAGAUAUUGUAAGUCUGUACGAGACAAGGAAGUUAACGUUAUCGUAGUAUGGCAAGACGACGGAUUAAAAACGAAAAAACAUUUAUUUAACCUCUCAGAUUGCUCAUUCAAUGUUGUAAUUGGGAAUUACUCCCUUUCAACUUCGGAGUCUAACCACCAAGCAGCAAUUUUCAUGAAUUGGUGUUCAGAAUAGUUGUGUUCAGUUUGCCUCAUGAUGUGAUAAAGUUUGUGUCAUGAUGGAAGUUGCAGAGCCAUACUUUAAAACUGUUUUUUUCUUUAUUCUUUUCGAGGUGAAGGAUUUGUGCCUUAUGAAAGCUUCUUUGGAAAACGUUCGUUAGUAAUUGUUGAUAUUUCAAUAUUGUUAGUUGUGAAUGAUUUUCAUUUGAAAAUUUAUAAAAUUGGCUCCUUAGACAUGAACGUGUUAUGAGAUGUAUGUCUCUCAGAUGUGGCACAAAAAAAUUCCCAUUUGUAAAUACUUCAUUAACAUGCAGUAUUUGUAAAUAUAAUUUGUAUCAAUUUUUUAA